GCAACACUGCGUUUUUCUGCUGCCCCCUUUUGGCUGUUGUUUCGUGUGUUGACCAAUAAAUUUUUCGCAUAUUUUCCCAACUUUUCAAUUACCGAACCGCAAGAGGCGCCAACGCAGACCGUCGCAGGCCAGCUGACCGAGUAAUUAGCGAGUUUUUGGCCAAGUCAACUGGAUCAGUCGCAGGAGCAGGAGCAGGAUCUCGACCACAGAUCGCCAGGAAUCGACAUUUGCAUUGCAGUGGAGCGGUGAACAGUUCAAGUGAAAGCGAGAGAGCGACAUCGAGAUAGACAGACGGCGCGAGAGAGAGAGCGAGCGAGAGAGCAAGUGAAAUCCUUUCCAGAAAUCGCGAAUCCGAAUCCGAAUCCCUGGCCCAGCAACUUGAGACAUCGUUUGUUUGUGCAACGUUGUGUAAACAAGCGGAACAUCGGAAAUCCAGAUCGGCAUCCCGAAAACACACACACACACAUCUACAUCUAUAGCCACAUAUCCACACAGAUUGUGGGUGCACUUUUCCAGUUGGCCAAUCUUAUCCAGCAAUUAAAAAUGGCCGCUGCCGCUGCGAGCGCAGUGAAUGCAGUGAACGACUGCUUCAGCAUCGGAUCCACAGUCGUCUGUACGACCUGUUUCAACGAGGAGGUGGAGGGCGAGGUGCUGGCCUUCGAUCACAACACAAAGAUGCUUAUCCUGAAAUGCCGAUCCAAGUCCACGGAGGAGCUGAGUGAUAUCUACGCGAUGAACCUCUCGCUGUGCAGCAACGUGCAGGUGGUCAAGGAGUGCAAUGGCAACUUUGACGAUCCGCAAAAGCUCAACCUGGAACAGGUGAAAAUGCGCCUGCGAAAAACAGUAGAGCGAAGACAAGACUACUUGAAGUCCAAGAACGCAGAUGUCAGUCCAGAGGCACAAGAGCUUUAUAGAGCGAUAGCCAAACAAUACGGGUACAAUGAAGUCUCCUGGCAAGGACUUAACAUACAGAUCCUCAACGAAGUCACCAUCUCGCCGCCGUACCGAGUGGACAACGUGGUGUCCAGCUCGAACAACGAAACUUCGUGCAACUACAUCAAGCGCAUCAUCAAACAGUUCUUCAAUACGAGGCCAUCGCCGGUUCCAGAAAGCGGAGCUGCUGCCAGCACCUCGUCACCAUCGGUGUCUCCCACGUCCUCAUCUCUUGCAUCUGGAUCGCCGGUUCCCGCAAACUAAUAAUAAAGAGAAAACAAAAAAUACACAAACAAAACAACACAAAAACAAAAAACAGAAAUGUGCUUCAAAAAGGA